AAGAUGGACCCCUGCUCUGAUCCAGUCUGGCGAUUCCUGUGUUCCUAUUUAUGUCUUCUGUCAUCCUAAAGAUGGACACAUGUGCAGCAAAGGAACACACUGACCUGCCAGCUUCCCACUCCCUCAGUCCAGAGUGUAUCCCCACUGACUUACAGCACAGCAAAACAGCAUGGUCAGGAGGAGUUAAAGCACGGCUGAAGGCCAGGCGGGCUGAACUUGUGGGCCGACCGCACUCCUGGCAUUCAACCAAAUUCAUAGAGAACCAACCCGAUCCCAGCAUGAUGCAAAUAUCUCAGGGCACGAUUGGCACUCCUUGGCAUCAGUCCUACCAUUCCAGUUCCUCGACGAGUGAUCUCUCUGGCUAUGACCAUGGCUAUCUGAGGAGAAGCCCUGACCAGUACAGCUCGUGGGGUAGCAUGGAGACCUUGGACCAAUCUCCUUCUGGAUAUCACCCUGGCCACCUUUCGCCAGCCAAGUCCACCAACGGCAUCGACCAGCUUGCCCAACUCCACAGCAAGAGGGACUCUGCCUACAGCUCCUUCUCCACUAACUCCAGCAUCCCCGAGUGCCCAGCGCCUUCCUUGUGCAAGGAGCGCUCCUUCUCCAUGGACAACGUGCACUCCCGAGGCAGCCCGCAGGAAGGGAUGAGGCAGGCUGACAUCAGGUACGUCAAGACGGUCUACGACGCCCAGCGAGGGGUCUCUGAGGAGUACGAAGUGAACUCCUCCGCGCUGCGUCCAAGUGGCGAGGGGCGGACGCAGACAGAAGGCCGUGGCUACAGCAGGCUGCAUGGUCACAGCCGAUACAGCGGAGUCCCCUUCUGGGGCCAGCAAAGGAGGAGCUCCUCCGACAGUGAGGGUCAGCACCCGAAGGGGCCCCCCAUGCCACCAACUCGCAGUGACAGCUAUGCGGCAAUAAAGCACCACGAGAGGCCCAGCUCCUGGUCCAGCCUUGAUCAAAACAGACCGUGUCGAGCUCAGCCGAAAGGGGCCUGGCCUCCAUCAUCUGGCACUGCCUCCCUGGGGCAGGGACAGCUGCUGAAACCCAUGUUUGUGGAAGGGCAGCUGCACACCGUGGUGGAGAAGAGCCCUGAGAGCAGCCCCACAGUGAAACCGAAGCAGAGCUAUUCCCAGGCAGCACAGCCGGGACAGCCUUUGCUUCCUACUGGCGUCUACCCUGUACCUUCCCCCGAACCACACUUUGCCCAGGUGCCCCAGCCUUCGGCAAGCAAUAAUGGGAUGCUUUAUCCAGCUCUGGCCAAAGAGAGUGGAUAUGCUCCACCUCUUCCAGCCUCGUAUGAGAAGGCCCCGGUCUGCAGGCAUUCUGGCGUCGAUGAGAAUGGAAACCAAAGUGUUACAAACAGAUCGGCCAUCUUCUAUCGGCCGGACCACGGGCCACCGGCUGCAGAGAAAAAGCAGGAAGCAAAAUUUGCUCAGUACAAACCUCACAGUACAUCAGGCCCUGAUGUCCAUUCAACCCCUUCCCAAAAGGACAAGUCAGGCUCCCUUUAUGUGGCAUCACAUGGCAUCCGAGAGAGCACAAGCAACACCCCGCACUCCAACCACAAUUCACAGCAACUGCAGGCCCGCUCAAGGGAUGCCAAUGAAAGCAAAGCUCUCUAUCAGCCCAAGGAGUACUGGGCGUCUGAGUUGCAGGAGGACAAAAAUGCCAAUCUACAGAAAAGUGAGAGAGACCCCACCAGCCAGAAUCAGUGGUGUUACGGUAAAGCCAAGCAGCUUGGCUUUUCAUCCUUGCAGAACAGCCUAGAGAGCACCAGAAGGCAAAAUAGUUUGGAGCUAAAGGAGAUGCAACAAUGUGAGGGCUAUUCUGAUGCCAAACUGUCUUUCACAAAUCGCAAUAAUAAAGCAGAGAAGGAUCGAAGAGGGCAAGGGUGUGGCCAACGGAACGAUUUGGACAGACAAGCUUUCACACGGCAUGAGGAUGACGUCAGCAGCAUGGCCCCAUUCCACAAUGCAGAGCCAAAGUACGAGGAGCCCUCUUCUCUGCUGCACCCAAAGGCCUCCGAUUUCAGCAGGAGCCGGCUAAGCUCCAGCAGCACCCAAAGCAUCCAGCCUGGGAAACUGGAAUCCAGCAAAUCCCACUGUUCUGUGCUGGAGAAGGUCAGCAAGAUCGAGCAACGCGAGCAAGGCAGUCAAAGGCCCCAGAGCAUAGGUGUGCCCAGCUUUGGACAUAAUUAUGGGCCAAAUAGGCCAAGCCAAUCAUCCGGCACUAGGUGCUCUCUUAACAGCACGGAGGACGUACGAAACAAGACAAACUCCCAAGAGCAUGGCCAGCCAUCCGGCGAACCGUGCAGGCUACCCAGCACGACUGGCUGUGAGACGCCGCCCUGCGUGCAGCCGGUGAGCAGGAACGGGAGUGCGAAGCCUGAGGCGGUUGACUGGCAUCCUGUGGAGCAGCAGAUGGUGGCAGCAGCAAAUCAGGCGCGGCAGAGUGAGUACUACGGUCUGACAAGGAGUAAAAGCACGUUCCAGCUGAUGUGCGAGCCAGAGAAGGAAAUCCUGUGGAGGGAUAACGUCCAAGACGCUCCUGGAACACAGCUGGACACCUCGUUCAGCAGAAACUACAGAAACAGCAUUAAAGACGCUCAGUCCAAGGUCCUACGAGCCACAUCGUUCAGGCGCAAAGACCUCGACAUCGGCCCACCCUUUGGGAGCAAACCCAAGGGGAGUGCACAGAGGCCGGCCUCAGCCCACGUUGGGAUGAGGACCACCACAACAUCCCCUCACGUCCCCAAGGAGAGGCACAGCGUCACUCCUACGCAGAACAGUGUCCCCCUCCUGGAGUACACUGAGAAGGAGAGCCAGGCUAGGCUGUCACAGCCCGUGUCCCGCAUUGGGGGCAGGAAGCGGCUGACAGCCGAGCAGAAGAAGAGAUCCUACUCCGAGCCAGAGAAAAUAAACGAAGUGGGUGUCUCAGACCACGAGCCCUCGCCCUUCUCCUCCCAGAAGAAAGGCCUCCAUUUCAUCUUCCCAGAAAACACUGUGGCUGACCGGCGCAAGAUCUUUGAGCGGGAGAACAAAGCUCGCUCCACCAUCAAUCUCUCCAAGCCGGAGCUGAAGCAGCUCCAACAGAACGCACUCGCGGACUACAUCGAACGCAAAACGGGGAAGCGGCCUUCUCACGAUGCUGGCGUCCUGAGAGAGCACUCACAAAGCUCCUACCUGCAAGCCAGCGGCCUGGACAGCCAGAGCCUCUCCUCUGCCUCCAGCAUGAAUUCUCUCCAGGAUCAGAAGCUUUACCGCCGGAGACAGUCACUAGAGCAGGUAUCUAGAACAGGUCGGGUCUCCUGUACCCUUCCCCCGGGGCUGACGGGCUGCUUUGAUCUCAAUGGGUUUGAGCAAAAGAAAGGGCACCCGGACGGAAGCAGCAGUUCCUUUGCAAGCCAGUUUAAAAUGGACAGACGCCGAGAUUACAGAGCCAAACCGGAGCUUCUGAAAAGCACUCAGGCAGGUCAGCGUGGCUCACACGACCAACUGCUCUACAGGAUGGAAGAGCAGGCCUUUGGAAAGGCCUCAUUGCCUGGGAAAUCUGGGAAAUCAGUGUCUGUAGAAGACUUGCUCGAUAGAUCUGAUAUCCAGUCAGUCACGGUGCAUGUGCGCUCCAGGUCGUCUCCCACAGCCGACAAGAAACACCGGGACUUGCUGAGAGGGGAAAGUAAAGAAUUUGGCCACUUGGUGAAAAAUCCUUCUUACGUGGUUGGUGCAGGAGAUGGGUCCUACAGCAGUAAGAAAAGAAGCCACCCUGAAAAGCCAACAAUCCCAAAUUAUCGUCCCCAUCCUCCUGGCAAUGACCUCACAAGCUCAUCCACUCUGAGUGAGAGCCACCAGGCCUCAGAAUCCCCUAGGCAUAUCAGCAGGACUCAAAGGUGUGUCUCAUCGCCAACAGACUUGAAGAAUCAUUCUUCCGAACCUAAGCAGGGCGCCAGACCCUUGCUUCUUAACCGUAUUCCUUCUGGACCUGGUCAGUCCUCAUCUAGCGCUGCUCAUUCCACCCAGACUCCCUCAGAUCUGCAGGCUGCUGGGGAUGGCCUGUCAAUGAGGCAACAUACCAAACUAGACACGGUCCCCGCUGAAGGCAAUGAUAAGGGUCAGGCAUGGCCUCUGUACCAUGAUGACAGCUCCCCUGAGGACUCAGCCGCAGAAGCGAUGCAGAGAAAGACCAUGCUGACUCAGAGACUCCUCCCAUCCAAAGUGAAAUGGGCUCAUUCGGUCAAUGAUGACAGCUUCCCAAAGGGCUCGGUGUCUUCUCAGGUGUCUGAGCAGAAACUCUUUCAAAGAUGGCAGAGCCUACCGAUACAAAGCAGCACUUCUUCCGAUCCGGAGACUCCUCCUCCCUCUGGAAAGAUCUCUCUGCGGAUCUCCGAGUCAGGCCUUCAGCUGACUCCCCCACCGGUCCUGCUGGAAGAGGGAGACGAUGAGGUGUUUAUCAAGGACUCGCAGCCUGGUGCUGUAGGGACUGCAUUUAAACCCUUACCCCCUCCGCCACCACCACCUCCUCUUCCUGAGUGGAGCCCCAGCGCUUUUACAAGCGACACAGAGGUAUUUCCACCUCCUCCUCCGGCUGCAUUUGAAGCAGGUGGGGCAACAGGAGACAAAUCCACGAGGCUUAUAGAAGAGACCAAAAUAAGCAGCUUCGGCAGGUUUCCCAGGAGUCUGGUUGACAGGGGAAAGCCGGGGUUGAGCUCCAUCAGCAGGGAAACCAGCUGGGCCGCUUCACCACCUGUUGGGAACACUGAGUCACUGCACCAGUCACCUGCUGCUCAAGGGGAGUGGCCGAACUCUCAGAAGCAGAAUGCAGAGCAACUUGGAGGCAACCUGAAAGAGCCAGAGGCCCAGGGGAAGGAUUCGGAAAAUGGUGGCCUCAGCCCCGGGACUCAGGGCACAGCUACUCAAGUGAAGAAGAAGAAGACCCCAGAGGAUAUUAAGUCAGAGGCCCUGGCCAAGGAGAUUGUCCACAGGGAUAAGUCUCUAGCAGAUAUCCUGGAUCCAGAGUCCAGAAUGAAGACAACCAUGGACUUAAUGGAAGGGAUCUUUCCCAAUGGAACCAGCUUGCUGAAAGAUAGCAACAUGAAAAGGAAGAUGAUGCAAAAGAAAGCCAGCAGGACGGUGCCUGAGGAUGACAGAAGAGAAGAAAAGGAAGCUGCUGUAACUUUGGUCACCUGCACUGCUUACUAUAACAUGUCGGCCCCCAAAGCAGAGCUGCUGAAUAAAAUCAGAGACUUGCCAAAAGAUGUGGACAAGGAAGAGGAACAGCUGGACAUCAAUGAGAAGAAGGCUGAGCUCAUCACGAGUUUGUCCCACAAACUGGAGAUCUUGAAGGAAGCUAAGGAGAGCCUGCUAGAAGACAUCAAGAUGAAUAAUGCCCUGGGAGAGGAGGUGGAGGUGUUGAUCAGCGAGUUAUGCAAGCCCAAUGAGUUUGACAAAUACAAGAUGUUCAUAGGCGACCUGGAUAAAGUGGUGAACCUCUUGCUCUCCCUCUCAGGGCGUCUGGCCCGGGUAGAGAACGUUUUGAGCAGCCUAGGUGAAGAUGUGAAUACUGAAGAGCGGAGCUCUCUCAAUGAGAAGAGGAAGCUGCUGGCUGGCCAGCAUGAGGAUGCCCGGGAGCUGAAGGAGAACCUGGACCGGCGAGAACGUGUGGUCUUGGACAUCUUGGGCAAUUACCUCUCGGAGGAGCAGCUCCAGGAGUACCAGCACUUUGUGAAGAUGAAGUCCACGCUUCUCAUAGAGCAGCGGGAGCUGGACGACAAGAUUAAAUUGGGUCAGGAACAGCUCAAGUGCCUGACGGAAAGCCUCCCUACAGACUUCAUCCCCACGGACACAACAGCAGCAGCGGCCCCAGCCACAGCCCCCCCGGGGGUCAGCAGUAGUUUACCUACACCAUCGGCCUCUUCACUUUAACCUUUCCCGGACAAGCCUCGGGUACAGCUCUUCUGCUUGAGUUUAUUUAAUCGGCAUACUUUUCAGAGAGCUCUCAACAACUACAGUGGAGCGAUGGGUUUAAAAAGAGAAUCCAAGGAAGGAAAAAACCAGUAAUAAAGUCUUUGUUUUCCUCUCCCUAUGCCAUCGCCCCGAGAGCUCACUAUGAAAACUUAAUCCAGCCUGGCUCACACUAGAGGGAGGUGAAAGAUUUCUCUGGCUACAAGGUAUGAGGAGGAGGCACUUAUUUUUGAAUGGGCCAGCUCAUCAUGGACAAAGAUGUCAUCUUUGGUAACAUGGCAUGGUUGCCUCUGCUUCCCCCACCACCACCCCAACACCUCAAUCAGAGUGAGGCACUAUUGUUAAAUAAUGAAGGAUCUGAAAGAAUGAAGCCUUAAAAAUAAAACCAACCCACGAUGCUCCUGAACGUUAUUGAUAUUUAUAUUUUUUUAAAAACAAGACUGAAUGUGUAAGUUGUUGUACGUAUGCUAGUCGCUUACUUGAGUCUUGGCUCUGUAUGUAGAAAAUGCAUUUAAUUUUGUAUUUUGUGAAAACUUAACAAGAAGAGGAAUCUCCAAAGAUAGUCGCACCCUAGAAUGGAGCAUCUUUUCCGGGGGCUUUUUACAUAAUAAAGGGCAGCCAGAAAAAGCUUCAACCCGUUUCAACAUUUGCUGAAUCUACCAGUAAGCGCCCUUGCAAAGGAGACUUUGCCCAGCAAAGUAUAAUCUACCCUCUUCUGGAUCCCGUGGCUUGAUACAUCCAGAGUUUAAACAAGCACUUGUGUGAACCAAGCAACUCAGGAGUCAAAGUUAGGGUGAAGCAAAAAGAUUCCCUUCUGGUUCUGGAUUCACAGAUGAUUUAAGACAAUACAAAGGCAAGAUCUGUGAUAAAAGCAACCUGAAGGUUGUUAGUUUGAUUUGGGAGAGGGUCUUUAAAGGGCAUUACAUAUAGGUUGCUUUUUCUAAAGGGGAUGACGUACACACCAGCAUUUCUUUUAAAAACUGUAAUACCUCGUUUAUCUGGACCCAUCUUAUCUGAAAUCCCCGAAUGGCUAACAGUGGGUUACAUGCCCCAGCGUGAAUAGCUUGCAAUUAAGUCUUCUGCCCACCCCAAAAGCUCAUUUGUCCUAGUUAGAUAAAUGGGGCUUCUGCUGUAGGGUUAGUGAGUCAUUUCUCAGUCAGUCUAACCUGGGACAACCAAAUUUGCCCAACUGAACAUCACUUGGGCAACUUACCCAGAGCUCCAGGGCUGCAGGUACUUUGCAUUAAGAAAAGCAGAUUGGAAAUGGCCUCCUUUUUAAGACAGUGGGUGUUAUCUCACUUAUGGAGCAUUGAAUUCUUGGACCUCUAGUUCCCCAAGGCUUUGCACAUGCCUCCCGAGGAGUCUUUCCACCACCACCGCCCUCCGCAUUAAAGAUGAGGGAGUCCAUGGACUGCAUUGUAGAAAGCCAUGGGCUACAUUUGACUCACAAGACACAGUUUGGUCACUCUGGUCUAACCUCAUAGAAAUUUUAUGUUGCUGCUGCUGUUUAAGCUGUUCCUGUCUUGAGUGUGUGUUUGUUCAUCCCAUCAUACUGCAAGAGGGCCUCAGAUACCAGUGCCCCCAAAGGCUCUGACAUGCAUGGUUUGUAAGACCUUCAUGCAAUUAAUUUAUGUUUCAAUAGUAAAUGGUGACAAUGAGAGUGUGCACUGUUUAUACUGCUGUUUUUAAGGACCUUUUUCUUGAAGCAAGUGCUCCCUGCAGGCUUCAAAUGUAUUGCUGCCUUGGGAAGCAUGGCAGAGCUAGAGCAUGCUACUACCUUGCUGCCAUAUGAAAUUUCAGCCCUCACAUACCCUGAAGGUGAUCUGCCCUGUGUGUUACAGGAUGUCUCUGGAGGAACAAAGCAAUUGCAUGUCACUAUGGCAUGCAGAAUUUUUUUUGAAAGGAAGAAACUAGGGAUAGUCCAAACAGAGCCAAAAGGACCAUUUUAGCUGCUUCUUGACUUGAAUAUGGUUCUGCCCCACAAAGCGUUUCGUAAGGCCCCUCAAGCCAGAGGGAACCUCCCUUUAAAGGUCCCCUAGCGCUAGAUAGGUCUGUCACUUUACUCAGUGUCGAUUUGCACCAGCUGAGGAUCUGGCCCUCUGGCUCAUACUCCCCUCAGUCCACAUGCUCAGCUUCUGGGGAAGUCAGUUGUCACUGUGUGUAUUUACUGGGGUUAGUAUAUAAGUCGUUUAGAGGUUAACCUCAAAUCACACGAGCAGCUGUCAUUGAGGCAAAUGAUCAUUUACAUUUAUACAGCGGAAAGUAAAUUACUGUCCAUAUUGGAAUUAUAAGCAUAUAUCAAGGAAAAAAUGGAUCCUCUUAUUGUUACUAAACUCUGAGCAACUAGUACUGUCUGUACAUUCAUGUGGAUGCUGUAUUUUGAGUACCCAUUCCUGGCAAUCUUCCUGAAGGAAGUUCCACCAUCCCUUUGUCCUGUGUUUCAUUGUGAUGAGUUAAGGUUCGGGUUUCAGGAAGGAAUUUUGCACAACCUUAUAUAAACAUUCUUCUGCUAAUUCUCUGGGGUUUUCUGAGUCAUCAGAUUGGGGAAAGAACAUUUUGCCAUGUACCUGGAGAAAAUUAAACAUUUGUCAGUCUCGAUGAGUUUGCUUCUAAGUGCCUUUAGCUGGAGAGGAAACUUAUUUAUUGCCUCAUUUCCCAUGAUGCAUUCCUGUUCCCUUAAUUAGAAGUAGCAUGAAGUGGAAGCCUCUUAAUUGUAUAGAGAAGAACGUACAUGGAACAGCAGUGCACGGUGCAGAGGCUCACUAUAACUGUUUGCACAUUGCAAUGCAUUGAAACAAAUCAGAACAUUCGGCUUUCAGCCAUGGGUGUAGCUACAGUGACGUGGCUGCACUGGUGCAAACCCCUAAUUUAGACACACCGAACAUGUCUCACAGGGGGAGCUUACCCAGGAUGCACGUCACUGUGUAUCGCGGGCUGCCCGUCUAGACUUGGGGUUUGAACAGACGCAGCUGCAGCGGCGCACCUCAACCAGUGGCUAAAAACUAGAGACAGUUAAGAAAUAUUCAUCCAAAGCAGCUGAGUAACUUUAGGACCCUAUGCCCCAUUGAUUGUCAAUGGCAGUUCAGCUCCUAAAGUCACCUAGGUACUUUUUGAAAAUGUUACCUGAGAUUUUUGAUGGGGGAAAUAAUUCCCUGACCAGCUCUCUUUUGAUUUGGUCUAUCUCUGAAUAGAGUUUCAGCAGCUGUCAGUUCACCAGCAGAGGGUGGGCUGUAUUUACUAACUGUUUAGAAUGCUCUUUCACAAGGGUCAGUAUGCACACAGCCUUGAGCAGUCUCUCUCUGUUUGCUAGACCCGUGAGUAACAAGCAAACAUGUAAAGAUCUGGCAAAAUAGUUGUGUUUGAAACAGCGUAGAGUGUGUUUUCUGGGAGCAACGGCAGCAGGACCUUCCAGGAUGGGAUGUUCAUGACCUGUGUGUUGUGAUGGACAUGGUUUGGUUUUGUUUCUUGGGAUGACUUGUCACAAGUGGGAGAUGGGAGGAGCCCAGGAGUGGGGCAAUUUUGCUUUUCUUUCUUUCCUCUGGGCAAGUCUGCUGAAGCCAAAAGUUCAGGUGGUGACACGCAGACAGAUCUUCUCCCUGCUCAGAAGAGAUUCACCAUGUUUUGUUUUACAAGGCUGGAUUCCAUUCAAAACUUAAGUCAACCACGUGAAAGCUUAAUUGACAGCUUUGGGCUAGGACUAAAUAAGGUAUUUUAAUGUGCAGUUCGAAAGCAGCGUCCCUGUUUGGGAUCCAAACGCUCACUCUGUUCUCCUCCCUUUGCACAGCUGAAUAGUGACCGAUUUACGGGAAAGGUACAGGUGCUCUUCCUUCUCCUGGGUGCCUUUGCACUACAUUCUUGGCUCCCGUGCAUGGUUUUGGCCAUGGAGAGAGUGAUCUUGCUGCUGCCUCAUUCUGUAAUCUGAUAUCUUCCAUAUUCUGUUUUGAUCUUCCGCCCUGCGCAACGAAUUUGGACUAAAUCAUCCCAGCUGUCCGUACCAGAGGGGGGAGGGGAAGCUGAGCCAUUGGGAAUGUUUUGUGCCUAGCCAUCAUGGAGCCCUGGAGACAGCAGCACCAGGGGUCUUGCAAAUCCCUGCAUGCCCGGCACUGGAUGUGAAUGCAGACCCCAAGGUAGAGAAAUAGUAACGCUUGGCUUCUGAUGUCACUAACCUGCGCUCGUUCUGGGGCAGGCUGUCAGGUGCUCAUUGCCGGUGGGUAUCAUAGGCUGGGGGCAGCUGUGCCUCCCCAAACAGCCAGGUGUGGCCUCUCCCACGCUCAGCCCCCCAGGCCUUCCCCGUCGUGCUUCCCAUUCUGCGGCUCCCCCUGUGCGGUGGCCCUCAGGCCGUGCUGCCUGCCUUCCCGGUGCUCCAGCUCUGGGGGGGCUGGAGCAGCACAGCCCACCCUCCUGGCAUUGGGGGGAGGGCUGGGGCUGCACUGCCCUCCCUCCCAGGGCUGAGGGGGCUGGGGCCGCACCUCCCGGCACUGGGGGGCUGGGGCCACUAUGCCCACCCUGCUAGGUAACGUGAAGUAAAAUCCUAAUGAAGACCAAACAGAUUGGUUAUCAGGUCAAGGUCAGUCCUAAGAUCCCCCAUAGUCUUUCUCUUGACCUGCUAACUCAUGAAAGCUACAUAUUGCCUCGUCUUCACUAGGAUUUUACCUCAGGUUAGUUAUCUCCAGUUAAGAACAUCCUGCUUUUCCCUAGUGAGGAAGCCCCUCGGCUGGGGACCUGUGCGUCUGCUGCUUAUGCCUCUUCCUUUUCUGCCCACUGCUCCCUGGCCUGGGUUCAGAAUACAAGCCUGAGCCCUGGGCUGUGCAUGAGCUUACUUUGGUGCUAAGGGGGUCACGGCCCAUACUUUCCCUGACUGUCUCAUUCUCAGCAGCCAAUGCUCAAGGCCAGAUUAACACAGAGGCAACCAAGGCAUGUACCUAGGGCCCACAUUCCUGGAGGGAGCCCAAAAUGGACAGGCCAAACCUGAGCGGCACUGUGACUCUGUGCGCCAGGUUGCAAAGCCAUGACAGAGGGGCGGCCGGGCCAAACCUGAAGUGUACAUUUGUGUACGGUCCAGUGAUGGGUUAAUACGGCCCAUCUUAUCCUUGUGGGCAGUGGCUGGUUUAUUCAAUCUUGCUAUUAAAACAGCAAUUCUGAAGAGCCCCCAGCAGAGUGUGGCUGUUUUAACUGAUGAAACGUGAGGCGUGGGGGAGGGGACUACUCUAUGCACAGGUUUCAGAGCAGUAGCCAUGUUAGUCUGUAUCAGCAAAAACAACGAGGAAUCCUUGUGGCACCUUAGAGACUAACACAUUUAUUUGGGCAUAAGUUCAAAUUUAUUUGGGUUCUAGACCACGAAAGCUUAUGCCCAAAUAAAUGCGUUAGUCUCUAAGGUGCCACAAGGACUCCUCGUUGUUUUUACUCUAUGCACAGUGGACUGGGAUGCAAAUGUUCCUGUUUUAACUCUUCUAAUGGUGACCUACUGAUCGUUGGCCAAUUUCUGCUGGUUCUCUCAGUAGGGAAUGCUGGUGUAAAUUGGCACUGCUCCAUUGACUUCAGCUGAGGUUCUGGCCUUGUGAAAGAAUUAGUGCCCUACAUCCCGAGGGGAUGUUUUUGAAAAGCAGUGAAACUGUGUAAAUGUCACGGCAGCCAGGUCUAGUGCUCUAGAUUGGAAGAGGAUGGAGGCAUGUGUCAGGGAGCACAGUCCUGCAGUGUGUUGUGUAAUUACAACGGGCCUUUUAAAUCAGCGCUUGGUAAAUCCUCAAAUACCUCCAUUAACAGAGUAGUUACAUGGCGCAGGGGGCGGUUGGAAUUGCUUUCGGCUGUCAUAACAUGCUGCAUGGCCUGAAAUCAAUACAGUCCCAGUCAUCAAAACUCGGAUUUGCUUUCUUUAAAAAUGGACAAUACAAAGUCAAUGAUGGGGGAUGGGGAAGUGGAUUCGGCAAUCAUACAUACGAGAUUUUCCCCAUGUCUAAAACCAUGCCUGGGUUGGCUAAUGAAAGGGAUUUCAUUUUCAGUGAAGGUUAGACAUGAGACCAUCUGAUAGCAAAUGCUUUGUGGUUCCAGGCCUGAUUCUCCAUUGGCCUCGCCCUGGUGUGACUUGUGUAAAGCGGAUGUUAAAAGCCAGCAGAUCAGCCUGAAAGCAUUUUACCCCCGCUUUGCACAAGUUCUAAAUGACCGCAUGUGGGGCCAGGCAGGACCUUUCCUAGACAGGAGAGAUCAAAAGCUUUUCCUAUUGGACCCUAGAGUGGGGCCCUGGUCCAUGCCUAGAGUUCCUAGGUACUAUGGUAAUACAAAUAAUAGAUACUAAUAUUAAUAAAUGAAAAUGAGCGGAUAUGGGGCAUAUCUGUUUCUCAUACCCAGGUUCCCCCGCCUCUCCUACUGCCCUCUCCCAAGCUGGCCUGAAAGCUAAACUCGAUUAACAGACAAAAGGUGCUUCCAUUAUAACCAACCUAAAGUGUGUAAUACAAACCCCAAGGUCAAUCUCUCGGUAUUCUGGCAGUGUGGUUUGGCCGUGUACUUGCAGCCUCGGUGCUCAUGUUUUCCCUCAGACUGCACUUACACUUGGUAGGAGCACAACACUCAGGGCUUUUCUAAUGCAAUGUCACUGCCUCAUGAAGAUCACUCGUGUUAUGUAUUUGUAUGUUUUCAUGCGGCUAAUGUGGGCACCAGGAUCCCUCUCUUACCCCCAACAGGCAGAGACAAAUUCUGCCCUCGCUAGUCGUGAAUCUUCCAUACACGUUGCAGGCAUUUAACUGAGGGUAGAACUUGGCCUGUGGGGUCAGAAACAAACUGCUCAGCCAGGCCAUAGCCAGACCAGCGGCCUGUCUGCAUGUGGCCAACACGCGCUCUAGCUAGCACUGAGGCUCUUUAGCAUCUCGAUCACCAAUGUUGAAAUCUUAACAAAUGCCUCCUUUUCUUCCAUGCCAUGUUACCAUGCAGAAAGAGAGUUGGAGCAGCCUGCUUGUAGUGCCAAGAUUAUGCACGUGUUCUUAGCUAGAUUUGUUGUUUGGUAGUGUUGCAUUAGUUGCUGUCACCCUUUUGCAGUGUGUUGGAGAGGGAAGCUGGGGGAAGAGAGAGAUGUCUCUUUGGACGCAGGGAUAAGGGCACAAUUAUUUUCCAGUUCAUCAUAAGGAAAUUUUGAAAGUUUGAGUCAGUCAAUCUGAUCGCUGCUUACAGACAAUUUUACUUACUUUGCGCAUCUUGGCUACACACGUCAUAUUUUCAGCUGCUUUCCAUGAUUCUUAAAAUGACUUUUUUUUUUUCUCCUGUGUUGGGGUUGCCAGAGGUUGCCAAUCAGUUUACAAUUUAAGGUUAUUGUUAUCAUAUAGCAUUGUGUAAUUAUGACUUGAAAUACAUAUUUGUUGACAUGUAAGAACCACUUAACUGACACUGAAAAUAAAAGAAGUGCUAU